CAGUGUAUUUGGAAUUUUAAUAGCUAAAAACCUGCAUAUUAAUGGCUCUGUACUUUCUCUGUUAGUCUUAUUACCUGCAUUGAGUUGGGGUAAUCCCUGCUAACUCCUUCCUUCGCUUGCCCUCACUGUUUGUUUUCUUUCUACAGGGUGAGGGCCUGACACUUUACAACUCUUAGUGAAACAUGACUCGAUGCAAUGUCAUCCUGCUUUUCUUCACCAUGACUUGUUCCAUCAGUUUCCAUUCUGGAACUACAGUAUUUCUAGGAAAGCAGGAUGCAAGCUCAGUUUUACGAGUCAGAAAGACCAGGGCCAAUACAUUUUUGGAAGAAACAAAGCCUGGAAACCUGGAAAGGGAAUGUAUUGAGGAAGUCUGUUCUUUUGAGGAGGCCCGAGAAGUUUUUGGAGCCAGGGAGAAAACUCUGGAAUUCUGGUAUCAGUACAGAGAUUUUAGUCCCUGUUAUGAGAACCCAUGUCAGAAUGGUGGAGUCUGCAAGGUACAGCGCUCUGAAUUUCUGUGUCUGUGUCUACCAAAGUACACUGGAAGGCUUUGUGAGACAGAAAAGCUGGAAUGUGUGGUCAGAAAUGGCGAGUGUCAGCAAUACUGUAGCGAUACCACUGACGGCGUGAGGUGCAGCUGUGCAAUGGGAUAUCAACUAGCAAGUGAUGGGAAAAUGUGUGAACGAAGAGAUCGGUUCCCAUGUGGCCUUAGACAGCAAGAUGUCUGGGGCCGCUCUGAGCAGGAUGAGCUAGAUUUCCUGAAUGAAACAAACGUAAGUGAAGAAUCAUCUCCAGGAAGUAACGAGACUCAGUUGACAGGAAACACCACAAAUGGAAACCAAACUGGAGAAAUGACUGACCUUAAUCAAACAGCAGAAGAAAAAGGAAACGAAGGUGUACGAGUGGUAGGAGGUUACUUCUGCCAAAGGGGGAGCUGUCCAUGGCAGGUGUUGAUAUGGAACAAAAGAAACCAAUCUUUCUGUGGAGGUAGUUUAAUCAGCAGGCGAUGGAUUCUCUCAGCCGCACACUGCUUUGAAGAUGUUAAGCCCAGUUAUGUGACUCUUGGAGACUUUGAUUCCUUAAUUCAAGAAGUAGAUGAACAGAAGAUCCAGGUGGAAAAGGUGAUACAUCACCCCCAGUACAAUCCAGUGACAUAUAACAAUGACAUUGUUCUUAUUUACCUGUCGCAAGCAGCUACUUACAAUCAGUAUGCUAGCCCCAUCUGCUUGCCAAAUGCCAACCUAGGUCGCAUCCUAGCUGAAAAGGGUACAAUAGGAACAGUAAGUGGGUGGGGGAAUACAAAGGAGCAGGGUUCUACUAGCCGCUACCUUCGUAAAGUGGAUCUGCCCCUUGUUGAUUAUGAGACCUGCAUGAGAUCAACCACCCAGGAUAUCACAGAUAAUAUGUUUUGUGCUGGCUACUAUGAAGAGACCAAAGACGCCUGCCAAGGAGACAGUGGUGGUCCCUUAGUUGUGUAUUACUACAGUACAUGGUAUCUGAAGGGUAUUAUUAGCUGGGGGGAAGGGUGUGCAGCAAAAGGCAAAUAUGGGAUAUACACAAGGGUGACAAAUUACCUUCCCUGGAUAAAGGAAACUGUCCAGAAUGUAGAAAUAUCACAAUUACAACCUUCACAGUGAAGAAAGCAACUGCAUUUUAUAUGUCUUAAAAGUGGUUAUCUACAAGCACUGUUUAUAUAGGGGUGUUUUUUGAUGGAAGGACAGUAUUCACAAGAUGUUAAAUAAAUAUCUGCCAUAUUAUCAGCAA